CUCGGUCUCAGGUGAGCUAGCUGUAGCUAGUGACGCGCCGCGUGCUGCCAGGUGGGUCCCUGAUCCGCUCGAUCGUUGGUCUCUUCUCGCUCGUCACUGGCGACACUGAAUUCGAUCGAUCUCCCGUCUGCAGAUGGAAGCAUGCGAGGAGAGGGGGAAGGCGGCGAGCACCAAGCAGCAGCUGGCGAGGAGCAGCAGCAGCAACCGGACGACGACGCUGCCCGGCGGCCGGAGGAGGUGGUCCUCGUCGGCGGACCUGGACACCGACGGCGGUGCCGCCACCGCGAUGCUCAGCAGAAGCUACUCCACCACGGCAGCCAUGGCGCCCGCCGACAUCACCGCGGACAGCGGCGGCGUCGAGGGGGAGCAGCAGCAGCGUAGGAGGAGGCGCGGGGCCGGCGCGCGGCUGUCCCGCAAGAUCAAGGAGCAGCGGGCGCGCUUCUACAUCGUGCGCCGCUGCGUCUCCAUGCUCGUCUGCUGGCACGACGACGCCGACUACUAGCAACUAGCACUACUAGUAGCAGCUGCUCCGUCGUCCGGCCGCCGAAUCUAAUCCAACCGCCAGCUAGCUAGCCGUCCUUCUGCAUGCAUGCAUGCAGCCGCCGAAUCAUCAUGCAUCGUCAUCCUCAUCAUUUAAUUUAUCUCCAUGUAUACUCCGGCGUUCCGGCCGCCGGCGCCCAAGGCGUCUGCUUUGAUCUGCCCGGAGAUAGAUGGAGAUUGGAGAGUGUUCGAUCCGAUCCCUCCCUUCUCUCUUGUUCGUUUUUACCAAGUUUGGAAUUAAUGAGACUGGAGUUCGAUC